GGGUGGGGCUGGGCUUCUUCAAAAACAGUAAAACUACAUGCAUGUAAACAGUGUCCAAAGCAACAAUUAGCAUUUUAGGGAGAAAGAUAAUGGCCACACUCGAAUGUGACAAAGUGAUCUACCGUCGUAGCUACUUUGUGUUUGAUCCUGAAGAUGUCAGAUCAAAUGGUGGCUUCAUUUAUCGACUGAUCAACUCCACCAGUGCUACUGUACCCAAUGUUGACGGUGACCCCGUGACCCUACUCUCCACGGACAUUGCUGCAUUGGCCGACCCGAUAUUCUGGAGUGGUCUCCUCAUUGUACUGACACUUGUCCUCCUGGUAGCCACCUUAUUCGUACAGUGCUGUGUAUGCUGCUGGUCCUCUGCCCACAAGGAUGAUCAGAAACCAAUUGGCUGCAAAGCAUUUUGUGGGAUUCUGUCCUGUAUACCUGUAUUCCUUGUCAUUGGUUGUUUGGCAGUUAUCAUCUGGAGUGAGUUCACAAUGGACACUGGAGUGCAGGCACACAGGAGCAACCUCUACUCAUUCGUAAACGGAACAGUGCCUGUUCAAGACGUCGUUGUUGCCAUUCAGGAUCUGAUACUGCGACUGUUCUUCUCUUUCCAGCUGUACAGACACUGGGUAUCAAUUGCUUUCUGCAUUAUGACCAUACUGAUAAUGCUGUCAACAUUCCUAGCCAUUAUCUGUUGUACACCUCUCACGAAAUCCUCAACUGCAGUUGUCAUGUUUCUUAGCAUCAACUGGUUUUGGACGAUAGUGAUGUCACUGAUUAGUGGUGUUACAUUUUUCAGCCUGUUUUUUCUGUCCACUAUUUGCUACGAUAUGUACAACAUUGGAGGAACCGCCCGCUGUACUGAUCCUAACCUUCUUCAAGACGCCCUCUCUUUACAAAGUUUCUGUAGCACAGACGUUUUUAUCCCACAUCUGGUGACUGUUUCCAUGUACUUUGGUUUGCUUCUGUUUCUGGUCUUGUGGCAAUUGUUUGGCGUCUGCUAUGCUGCCAGCUUCAGUGGGGGAUAUGUGGAUGAGGAAGUUGGCAACGAACAGGAAGGAGAGCACGAGGAAGAAGAUAUGGAGAUGGUUACCACGACUACAACCACUGUCACACAGUAUGUGCGCCCUGUCCCCACUGGAGCUCCAAGACCACCUGCACAACCGAUGUUUUUCGUUCCAUCGCCGAAUAACUUCCAACCAGUCUACAAUCCAGCUGUCAACACUCUGACGAGAACACCACAGAAUGCCGCCAGUGCUGAUGUUGCCCCAUCCCAACCAGAGGAAAGUGCACAGGAAGCUGAAAUGAACCCUAGCAGCACUGAUGUACCAGCGUCAGCUCCGCCCCAGUACGAUGAAUCUUGGACAGAAAGGCAAAAUAGUUUGUAGAAGUCUAUUAGAAUAUUAGAACAACCCUGCGGAAUGCAUGCACCUAUACCUGUUGUAGCUGUAGUUCGAACAACUUUUUUAUCUCUGCUGUAUGUAUGCAUUUCGAUCUUUUUUAUGAUUUUUAUAAUUAUUGUCACCAAAAAUGAUAACGAUGA